CGGAAGCGAAAGCCGGUACUCUUCCUCCGAGCGGGGUCACGACCCAGCCGGCGUGAGUCUGGAUUCCGAGAGUGCGGGGUGCUCAGCGGGUCAGAGCAGCCCCUGGCUGUAGCCAUGUCCCCGAACCUACGCACCGCUUUCAUUUUCGGCGGCUUCAUCUCCCUGAUCGGCGCCGCCUUCUACCCCAUCUACUUCCGGCCUCUAAUGCGGCUAGAAGAGUACCAGAAGGAACAAGCCGUAAAUCGAGCCGGUAUUGUUCAAGAAGAUGUGCAGCCACCAGGGUUAAAAGUGUGGUCGGAUCCAUUUGGCCGGAAAUGAGAAGGCUGUCCCCACCUCUGAUUGUGAAAGGAGACAGUCCUCGUGCUUUCAACUGCCCCAAGUUCAAUAAAUCGCCUGGCUAGAGAAUGAUGGCUGGAGAAGAAAAGUCUCUAAUGUCGUCAAGAGUGCUGUGCACAAGAAUUAAUUCCCUUCUUAAAUAUCAGAGAACCCUGGAACAAAUCACACCAUUAGGAAGGCUUUCAUGAUUCGGUUUCCUUUCUAAAAGUGAAGCUCUGUCACCCAGCUGUGUUUGGAGGCGAUCUGCUUAUUAUUCCGUCUCUACCUCUUACCCAACCGAGCUGGGAUGUGAAUGUAAGCAACCAGUAGACUUGGGAAGAUCCUAGUCUGUUUGUCUGUUUUGCCAUCUUCCAAAAGGAAAUUUCAGCUAAAAGCCACCAUAGCGAGCAGUCUCACAGGGCUCUUCGAAAAUGUUAAAGUAGAUAAAACUCUUUGAGGACAAGGUACAUUAUUACUUAAGAAUAAACAGUUCAGCUCAACUAGCUCAUUGGGAAAGUUGCUGCCCGUUGGAAAAUAAAUAUGAAGCAAAUUCAAACUACAUGGGUGUGCAUGUGUAGUAGAAAUCAGUGCUGAAUUAAAGGAAGUACAAAUGUGUGUAUUAAAAUGAUUUCUUUUUAUUUGACAAUGGUAUAAGUGUUUUUUGUAAAUCCUUUUUUAUAAGCUCAUUAAGUUGUACCAAGAAGUACUAUUUGACUAGAUACUUGUGUGGUGGUUGUCAAAUUGUAUACAAGUAGAAAUCUUAAAGAGCAGAUUUGUGGAGACAGACAUUUAUUGAAUGUGAUUCUCUACCAGGUACCUUCUUGCUCUAGUGCUCUUUCUGCCCGCUUACUAGAUGAUGUGCUUUUGAAGAGACACACCCCUCAUUUUUCCGUCUCGCGGAGUGCCUCGCUCAUUACUGCAUGUGUGCUCUUUGAGAUGAGCUGCCUGAUGACAUAAUUUCAUUAUUGUGAACUGGGAGUUUGCUUAACAGACAACUGGCAUAAUUAUGUUGAUUACUGUCAAAAAGAAAUGAGAUUGAUAGUUCCAAAACCAAAGUCAUCAUAUUUUGGUAGGCAUUCCCUAACAUUUAGUUGACUUACAAUUAACAACCCCAAUAAAAGAAGUUGACUCAUUCUGCGUACGUUUGACCACUGUUUUCCUUGGAAGGGGCACUAGAAGGUCGUGUGACUUAAAGUCAAGCACCCAGUGGGUGCUUAAUUGAGAUUUCUCUGUCACAGUGGCCAGUGCUGGUCCCAUCUGCUUUGGAAAAUAUCCAAGCUGAAAUGACUGUGUCUGAAUGUCGUAGUGAAGAACUUGGCGGCCCUGAUGGCUUAUUUGUCGCCUGGAACAGAUUCAAUUUAGUCUCCUGGGUGGGAUCUUUGUCCUGGUCUUGACCUUGCCGUUGGUCUACCUCUUUGCAGAGAUAAAGAGGCUUCCUGUCCUGCUCAGCUGCCUUGAUGUUUUUGAAAGGAUCACUCCUGAUGUUAUCAGAGGUGUAAUGUCAGACUCUGCUGCCCACACUUGACAAAAGCCAGGUUGUAAGGUUGUAAGAGUGUUGACGGAGGGUCUUGUAGUGCCUCCAGGCAGCUUCCAGGUGUGCCUCUGGGAGGUCGCUGGAAGCACUGGAAAGAGGGAUCUUCAUCAAAUACAGUUAGGAAACAGAGUUAAAGUUAAUUAGGUUUAUUUGCUUCUAAUUUGACCAUUUCCAAGAGAGACAUAACAUUUCCCAAAUGUAUUUAUUACAGCAGAGCCUUUUUUUACCGAUUAUCUUCUGGACCUAAUGACCACCAACAUCCUUUAGGGGAAAUCCUCCCCUAGACCAGUGGUUCUCCAACUUUUUAGUCUCAGGACCCCUUUAACACACAAACAUUUUUGAGAAUUUCAAAGUGUUUCUUCUAUGGGUUAUACUGUAUUAGAAAUUAAAAUAUUUUUUAAAAUAUAUUAACUCAUUUAAGAAUAUCAAUAAUAAACCCAUAUAGGUUAAUAUGACAUUUUUGUGUGAAAAUUUUAUUUUCCAAGACAAAAAA